AGUCUUGGCCAGAGUUUGCUUCUUGCCAGGAAAUCCGCGGUGGUGGCAGCGGCUGCGGCGGUUCCCGGCGGAGCGGAGGCCGGCCGGCUCCCCGCUCCCUCAGCGGGCCGCGGAGAGCGGACCUGGCGCUGGGCUGCGGCGCCGCGAGCCGGUGCGCGCCCCGGGCGGCCGCGCUUUCCCACACUCUUAGCAUUUCAGACCCAAGUAGGAGCCUGAGAACAAAAAAAUUUUUAGUGUGUGAUAUGUGCCAAGAAUGGCGAACACAAACAAUAAAGAAGAUGCUAUCUUCACCCUCAAAGAGCUGAGAAGACAGAUAAGCAAGAAGGCAAAUGUAGUAAUUGUUGAAAUGAAGAAAAACCUUGAUUUUAGUCACAUACAUCAUUGCCCAUUAGAGGAAACCAUACGUGAAGUGAAAGUCUAACGUGUGAAGAUACAGAAACUGCUUUGGUUGAUUCAAAAUGGGAACAACAAGUGAUGAGAUGGUGUCUGUGGAGCAGACCUCCUCCUCCUCCUUCAAUCCUCUGUGUUUUGAAUGUGGCCAGCAGCACUGGACAAGAGAGAACCAUUUAUACAAUUACCAGAAUGAAGUAGAUGACGACCUGGUCUGCCAUAUUUGCCUUCAGCCUCUGUUGCAGCCACUAGACACCCCCUGUGGACACACGUUCUGCUGCAAGUGCCUCAAAAACUUCUUACAGGAGAAGGACUUUUGUCCAUUGGACCGGAAAAGACUCCACUUUAAGUUGUGUAAGAAGUCCAGUAUUCUAGUUCAUAAGCUUCUGGACAAAUUAUUAGUGUUAUGUCCAUUUUCUUCAGUGUGCCAAGAUGUCAUGCAACGCUGUGAUCUGGAGGCACAUCUUAAAAACAGAUGUCCUGGAGCUUCUCAUCGGAGACUUGCCCUAGAAAGGAGGAAAACUGAUAAAGCUCAGACAGAGAUUGAGAAUGAAAGUGGAACCACUAUAAUAGAUCUUCCAGGUACUUUAUCCCUCGAAACGGACUGUUCAGGGACAGGCACAGCGCCUACUGAGUGCAGCUUGACGUCAGCGUCUCUGCCCGCGUGGCCUGAGGAGCCUGGCCUGGACAAUCCCGCCUUCGAGGAGAACACGGCCACUGACACUACGCAACAGCCGGUUAGUUUACCGGAAGGCGAAAUUACCACAAUUGAAAUUCACCGGUCUAAUCCUUAUAUUCAGCUAGGAAUUAGCAUUGUGGGCGGCAAUGAAACGCCACUGAUUAACAUUGUUAUCCAGGAAGUCUAUCGAGAUGGGGUGAUCGCCAAAGAUGGAAGACUCCUUGCUGGAGACCAGAUUCUUCAGGUCAACAACUGUAACAUCAGCAAUGUGUCUCACAACUAUGCCAGAGCCGCCCUUUCCCAGCCCUGUACCACACUGCACCUCACCGUGCUGCGAGAGCGGCGCUUUGGGAACCGGACGUACAGCCACCCCGACAGUAGCUCUCCCCGGGAAGAGGUCUUCCACGUGGUCCUUCACAAACGGGACUCUGGUGAACAGCUUGGCAUUAAACUCGUUCGAAGGACCGAUGAACCUGGUGUUUUUAUCCUUGAUCUGUUGGAAGGGGGCCUGGCUGCACAGGAUGGAAGGCUGAGCAGCAAUGACCGAGUGCUUGCCAUCAAUGGACAUGACCUGAAGCACGGAACCCCUGAGCUUGCUGCCCAGAUCAUUCAGGCUAGUGGCGAGAGGGUGGAUUUAACAAUUGCUAGGCUGGGGAAAUCCCAGCCUGGUAACCCUGUCCGAGACGCAGGAGCUCAGAGUAGCAGCCAGCACCAUGCGCAGCCGCUGUACCACAACAGACCCAGCUCACAUAAGGAUCUUACCCAGUGUGUUACAUGCCAAGAAAAACACAUUACUGUAAAGAAGGAACCACAUGAGUCCCUGGGAAUGACGGUGGCGGGGGGCAGAGGAAGCAAGAGUGGUGAACUGCCCAUCUUUGUAACCAGUGUGCCACCUCAUGGCUGUCUGGCACGUGACGGCCGCAUCAAGAGAGGUGAUAUAUUGUUGAAUAUCAAUGGCAUUGAUUUGACCAAUUUAAGUCACAGUGAGGCCGUUGCUAUGCUAAAAGCCAGUGCCGCGUCCCCUGCUGUUGUCCUGAAAGCACUUGAGGUCCAGAUUGUUGAGGAGGCAGCCCAGGCUACGGAAGAGCAGCCAGGCACCUUCAGCGAGAAUGAGUAUGACUCCAGCUGGUCCCCAUCGUGGGUCAUGUGGCUUGGGCUUCCAAGUGCCCUUCAUAGCUGCCAUGAUAUCGUUUUACGAAGAAGCUACUUGGGAAGUUGGGGCUUUAGUAUUGUUGGUGGAUAUGAAGAGAACCACACCAAUCAGCCUUUCUUCAUUAAAACCAUCGUCUUGGGAACUCCUGCUUAUUAUGAUGGAAGAUUAAAAUGUGGAGACAUGAUCGUAGCGGUCAACGGCCUGUCAACUGUGGGCAUGAGCCAUUCCGCACUAGUGCCCAUGUUGAAGGAGCAGAGGAACAAAGUCACUCUGACAGUUAUUUGCUGGCCUGGAAGCCUGGUGUAGGUUUUGAAAUCAGUUUUGAAUCUGACUGUCUUCCUUUUGAAGGCUUUGGAAAGAAACCCCUUUCGUUGGAUUGUGUUUCCAGUUGGAAGCCACAGGCACGGCUGGUAUUUGCAGGACCCAAACCACUGAGAUUGUCCUGUUGUUAUUAGUAGAAGGGCUUUCUUCAAGUUAGGCACGUUUCUUUUAGCUUGGAAACAGUCUUCCACUAAGCCUCGUAAGUUCAUAUUUUCAAAAUUCAGACUCUCCGUUGUCAGAAUGUGACCUACUAUAACGGAAGAAGUGUGUGCAGACGGCGACCAAGCCAGCUGGAUUAGAGGACUUGGGGCAGUCCUUUGUUUCCCCUAACCAAGUCAUAGGAUGAGUUCCACACCCCAGUGCUGGGGCCGGUGCACCCCACGGUGGUGGCAUUCACUGCCCCUGUUGCAGCCAGUGCCACGAAUGGGUACAGACAUCUUCCGUGUAGCCAGUAGCCCUUCCCCAUUUUCCCCCCCGUCGGUGCCAACAUUUCAAAACUUCUUACUGUUUAUAAAAUGAUUUUUCUGACUUGUUUUAUUUCUCCUUUAAUCUCUUAGUACUCGUAGAUGAUGAAGACAGAAGUCUGACACUACUAAGGAGCUUUUCAAAAAAUAAUGUACUAUUAAUUAGAAUGCUAGAUAAUCAAAGAUCAUGUUUUCCAUUGACAAAGGCAUUUGGGAGGUAAUUAUAAUUUAGUGCUGGAGAUGGUAAAAGUCACACUUAUUGCAGAAUUCCAAAAGCAUUAAAGAUUCCUUUCCAGAGGAAUGUUUUGUUAUGCAGGGAAAUUUUGAAGCAGUUUUUGCUAAAAUUCAUUUUCUAGAGUUCGUAUUAUACUUAGCAGCAGCCUUGGCUGGAUGUGCUUUUUUGUGAUUUAUGCAGUUAAACUAAAGAUAAAGCCGUGUUGCUAUUCCACACACCUUCAUCUGUAUCGCAGCUCGGUGUAGGAGAAGGUAGACCUUUUGUAUUUCAUUCCAAGAAGAGCCUUCAGUGUUCUAGAAGUCCUUAUUUUUUCCCCAUUAUUUCUUGUGAACUUAAUUAUUUCAAGAAAAAGACUGAGUAGUCCUGGAUUUUUAUCUAAAAUAGUAGGUUUUAGAUGUUAAUAUCUUUCAGUCCGUUCUUGGUCACUAGGCUAUUUCUUAUUUUUCUAAAUGUUUUUGAAAACUACAACCAGCCCAUUUUGUUAGUCCUUCAUUCCACUUGAUUGUCCCUUGGAAGAACGCAUAAAGAAGCAAGUGAGAUCAGAAUUUCCGUACUUUCUUAAUAUUAUGCAUACUUGAAAAGAGUUCACUUAGAAACCUAGUUCAGAAUCUGAGCUCAUUUACAAGUGACCUCUGUCAUAAAUGGUAUUGAUUAUCAGAGAAUGUAUUUCGAAAAUACUACAGUAUAUUAUGAAGCAUGACCACUUUGUUUUCAAACUAGCAGUUGCAUUGCUAGGAUUUAUUGUGUCUGUAGCAUGUCACUGACUAUUCCUAUUAGUUUUUUAGUGAUUUUGUUUUAAACUAUCACUUGUGAAUAAGAAAUGGCAACAGUAAUUGCUACUGAUUUGUUCAACCCCUUAGCUACACUGUAUGGUCAACAUAUAACCUAGAUACAGUGGGAUACCCCAUACAGUAUAUUACUGUUAUGUGAUGAUUGGCUUUUGAAGCAAUUUGGUAUUGAAAUGCUUUGAUAUUCUAAUUGACACGGAACAAGUUUGUUUGGUUUUUUUUUUCCUGCUUCCCAAAUAGAAUUUUAUAUCCUACUUUGCUAUUUUUUUAAACAUUUUGUAAGAACGUGUCAUUUCUUGGAGCGUGGCCAUCCACCAACAAAUAUCCUAAUGGCUACUUUGUUAUAUGUAAAAUACUUACAUUGAACCUGGGGAUAUAAUGAGUAUUUUGAAGAAGACAAUUUUUUCGACAUUAUUUUUAUCAUGGAAUCUCAGACUCAGCUUAAGCUCAUUUGGUUUUAUUAUAAAACAUGAUAGUUUUUGGUCAGAAUGAUAUUUGGUGAUGGAAACUUGUUCAUAAUUUAUUGUUACUGUUGAAAUAUUUGAAUUUUCUCAUCUUAAGCGUAAAUAGUUCAAAUAUUUUGAUUUGUUCUGUGCCUUCAGUUUAAAUUAUUUCAGGAUUUUUCAAAUGUGUUUUAAUAAUGGUGUGAUUACUUAGGAUGGAAAUAAAAGUCAUCCUUUCCAUA